AUGAACACAGGUUCCUCUUCAAACAUUAACAAUGUUUCAGUGGAUUACAUUUUCGUAGACAAUGUCAACCAGACUACAACUGCAUUUUCUCAGCCUGGCUGGCAAAUAGCUCUUUGGGCUAUCACCUAUUCAUUCAUAGUCAUUGUAUCUGUUGUGGGCAAUGGCACUGUCAUUUGGAUUAUCCUGUCUCACCAACGGAUGAGGACUGUUACCAACUAUUUUAUUGUUAAUCUGGCUUUUUCUGACCUGAUAAUGACUGCCUUGAACACAGUUUUCAAUUUUAUUUAUGCCAGCCACAACGUCUGGUACUUUGGUGAGGGAUUCUGUCGGUUUCUUAACUUUAUUCCUGUUACGGCAAUGUUUGUGAGCAUUUAUUCCAUGACUGCUGUUGCUGCUGAGAGGUAUAUGGCUAUAAUUUACCCUUUCAAGCGAAAACUCUCUGCUAGCCACACCAAAGUGGUCAUAGGAAUGAUCUGGCUGGUGGCUUUUGGGCUUGCCUUUCCACAGUUUUUUUAUGCACAAAUCAAUAACGAUAACGGAAUGACCAAAUGUAUUGUUGCCUGGCCGGAGGACUUUCAUCAGAAACAUCUCAUGUAUCACGUUACAGUCAUAGUACUGGUUUACCUGCUGCCUCUCCUCGUGAUGUUUAUCACAUACAGUGCAAUAGGAAGCGCUCUGUGGAAUAAAGCCGUUCCUGGGGAUCACACUAACAGGGUUUACAACCAGCAUCAGAUUACGGCAAAAAAAAAGUUUGUCAGGACAAUGGUUGCAGUCGUGAUAACAUUUGCCGUCUGUUGGUUUCCUUAUCAUCUCUACUUCGUCUUGGGGAGCAUCUGGAAAGACAUCUACAGGCAGAAGUACAUUCAACAAGUAUAUCUGGCAGUGUUUUUGCUUGCCAUGAGCUCUGCAAUGUAUAGCCCAAUUAUUUAUUGCUGCCUUAAUCAAAGGUUCCGCUCUGGUUUCAAGAUGGCUUUUCAUUGGUGCCCAUGCAUCAAAGCAACGGAAAGAGACAAACUUAACCUUACUCGACGAUCACCUUUACAGAAGAUCUGGAGAGGUCAACCAUUCAACACCCGUACAAGCACAGGAACAAACACAACUGAGAAUAUAUCAUUGACUAAUAUGUAUUUGGAAGCUUGAUUUUUAUGCCAAUAGCUUGAAUAAUUGCUUAUCAGAUUUCUUAAUUGUAGAUUUAAAAAUUACUGCCGAGGUCUGUGACAGAUUUGGGAGUAUCUCUUGCAAUGCUUGAUGCAUUGGUCAACAGCAACACAAUUGGUCAAUUCAACUUUUCCACAGGAAGGGAGUCACCACAUGAUCAAGUAGUUCAUGCAUUUUCCUCCCAACAUGUUUUCAAAUUUUAAUUCACAGUACUAAUCAGUUUCAAAAUGAGUUGCAAAUCUGCCAGUCUCUUGAAACAAUGGCAUGAAUUGUUCACACAUGAAGCAGUUCAACCGGUAUUGACUUCAAACAAGGCCAGUGUUAGGCCAGGCUACAAAAUUUAAAAAAUACAAGCAAGAAUACACAUCACUUGGGCCACCUUGUAAUUAUUUGAAGGUAUGAAAGGGCAAGAAACAAACCACUGCUCCCCCUUGAACAUAUCACCUUUAUAGAUUUUAUUGGCCUAAUAAAAGCAAUGUCUUAAUAUGGAUUAUGGGACAAAGUGAAUUCCUUUUACUUUCCCUACAAAAAGCCUCUGGACCUAUUUGUCUGCAGUUUGGUUGACUUAAUUCACUCUAGAGAGGCUCCUGUGUCUGAACAUUUCAUCCACUUUGGCCAAAAAGGGGGGAAAUUAUAGCUGUUUUAGAUUCCCUGUUAUAGUGAAUGGGGAACACAGAUGUUCAUUUUACAGAGUGGCUCAGAACCUGGAACACAGAUUGAAACAAAGAGCACAGAGCAACUCUGAAACAGGUAAAAAAUUUAAAACCACACAGAUACAAGGCAAGUCUUAGGGCCAGUGCACACCCCUAAUAUGCACCACACUCUCUCACACACAGCAGUAACAAAAAUAGAUGAUUUUGUGAAGCAGCAUUCCCCUUCUCUUCCCACUGUCAGGAGUGGCCAUUUUAAGGUUAGAUAUGCUUAAAAUUACCUUUAAUGUUUUCUAAUGAAAAGGAACUCUGACAAUGAUGAAGAAAGAAAGGAUGAAUCAAAAGGUUUUUCAUGAAAUAUUUGUCCAAAUUAAUUCCAGGAAGGUCCAUGCCUUCCUGCAUGUCAGGAACUAAAAUAUAAAGAAAUCAGGCAAUAGAACACUAGUCAGGAGAAAUCUAUAAUAAGAUCAGCUGUGGUUUCCACCAGCUUCUUGCUCUAUUAUCCAUAGUUGAGCUGGGUGCAGAUUUCUUAGUACACACACACAUACAGGUGGGAAAAAACAACAUAAUACACACUCUGACAAUGUCCUCUGUUUAAGUACACCUUAGACUGCAACAUGGAAUCACAGAACUCCAUUUGUGGAAGUACUCGGUAAGUCUGCAGACUCAGGAGACAUAGGGUCGCCCAGGGAAUGAUGAUGCAACUCGAAGGUGAGACUGUCUCAGUGAUGGAGAUGUGCGAUAUUGGGUAUCAUAACUCAUAUUUUGUGGUAUCAACUUAUUUGUUGAAAAAGAAACUGGGAACUGGGCACCACAUUCAAGUUCAUAAAAAUCACGUAUGUCAGUGAUAACUGCAAGGUCACCACCUAUUUUCCGAGGUAUACAUCUUGCAAAACAUCACAUUCAACCUUAUUAAGCACCCUUGGUACCAAUUUCGGUCCUGGCUCAUAUACUAACUUACCUUUUAGCCAAAGAAGCCUGGGCUGGACCAUUACUGCAGGACAAGGCUUCUUCUCUCUCCUCUGGUUUCUCUGACACUCCAGAGCACCCGCUGCUUCCAGGUCCUUUGGUCUUUUACGAUUGCAGUGGAUGGGGCACAAGAGACAACAGCCUCUGCAUGGAUUUUCCAUUUUUGUUUGCCUUGUGCUUCUUUCACUUAUUUAAUUAUUCCAGUCACCAUUUUACUCUUUCUUUCACAUGUUACCUCACAGCUAGUGUGGGAUCUCUGCCACAGCUAUCCAAUUCAUAAAGAUGCUAGGCCAAGAAAAUGUCAAGGAUCAAUCACAGAAUACA